AUGAUAAAAGCAAAGCUUGUGUUUGUCUUUAUACUGUUCCUUCUCAAGCACAAAGUCACCUACGCUACGAUGUGGCAGACUCGAGGAUAUUCAGAGCUUGACGUGUACUUGCAAGGAUUCUCUCUUGAAUCCUCCAAGGUAGAAACAAUCUUUGAAUGUUAUAAAAAGUGUGAGGACAACAUACAUUGUGCAAGCAUCAACAUGAACCUGAYGAACAAGACAUGUGAACUGAAGUACUCUACCAAGACYAGACACCCAGAGAAGAUUGUUAGCCAACAAAACACCAUCUACAUGGAGAUACGAGAUGCUCUCGGGUUUUCUCCUCAUAACCCAAUAUUAUCCUGUAAAUGGUUCAAGAAUCUUGACAACCAGGUAAAAACAGGUGUUUAUUGGAUGAAGUUCAAUGAGCCAUCCUCUGCGCCAUUCCAAGUGUUCUGUGACAUGACCACCGAUGGAGGAGGCUGGACCCUUGUCUACAGYUACACAUUUACUCAGUACAGUGCGUUUACAUCAGCGUCAAACGCAGUUACCCCAAUACCAAACUGGCCUGUCAAUUGGUCCCCUAGUGGUUGGGUGCCUCAGUCUACGACAAYCCCGCUCAGCGAGUCUUCUCGUUCGGCCAUGAAAUUUGCUCUGUGGAAGAAGAUUGGUAAAGAGUUUCUCAUCAAGUCCAAUAUAACUAACUGGGUAGCCUGUGUAGAAGRAACSGGAAGUUUUGUGAACUGGGCGGCAGGAAGUGUGACCUGUAGAGUUGUCAAGGCCAUUACUUCACCUUGCACAACUGCCKCCCCAAACCAACUUAUUCUUYUUCCCUGUGGACCAUCAUUUAAAAAAGAUGAAAAAUUCCAAUUCCUUCUAGAAGGAAGUUCCASCCCAGACUGCUGGCCUGUCCAUGAUCCCUGUGGUACUGACCCCUCUUCAUCCAAUCACAAGACGAAUGUUGCUAACCCCAGUGGAGCGGUGUAUAUCCGAUAAAUCCUUAGGAACAAAAGCCAUGCCAGCGAUGUACGUCUUUCUUUUGACCAGUCAUAGCCUAUCUAACAACUCGUGAAUUUUAUGGAACCGCCAAUAUCACCGAACGUACACAAUCCCAAGAAAACUGUUCUUUUGAGUAAAGGUUUAUCGUUAAAAACUUUGAUUUACACGAGUCCCUUGACUCAGUUCCCUUUGUUAGUGUUCUUUGUUCCAUUCAUGUAUGAAUGUCAGAAGCAACGAGUUCGAAUAAAUACCCCCGUGCCAAUCUACCAAACCCAAGAACUCUACUAUAAACACUUAGAAUAAAACCAUCUAUUUUCCAGAGGAAGGACUACUCCCCUUUACGUGUACAAUUCCUUUUAUAACAAUAUAUGGAUAUAGUAAUACUUGUAAACCGUUUUAAUAGUGUUUAAUCAAAGCUGCACGUCCUAUUUUCUCUCCACGAACAAUUUUGUCAAAGAUAGAGGCAACUUGUAAAUAUACG